AGAUUUCUCCUUCUCUUUCUUCUUCUGAUUUUCUUCUUCAUCUUCUAAGAGAGAGAAGCUUGGAAAGGGAAAAGAGUUUCUCUUCCAAUCUUCUUCUUCCUCUCUUUUCUCUUUUCAAAAAAGUGAUAAACAAUUCCAUUUCUAUGAGAAUCCAUGAAAAAAGAUGACACAGAGACACAGAGAUUGAGUAAAAUCCAAGCCAUGGGUGGUCUGAAUUUCACAACCUUUUGGUAGCUAACACCAAUCAUUCUCUCUUUCUUUCUCUUCAACAACAAUUUUCCGCCAUGAACGCCAAAACCCAAGCUCUGUUACUCAAGAUCUUCUUCCUUCUCUUCGCUUUCAACACUCUAACUCUCUGCAUUUACUUCACUUCUCACUCCAAAACCUCCCCUCCCACUUCCCCUCAUCGGAAUCCCACUUCCGAAAAACGCUUCCCCUUCCUGGAAAACCCACAUUCUUCCAAGCCCUGGCCCAUCUUGCCUUCUUAUCUCCCUUGGUCUCACUCCCCUGUCCCUCCCCGUUCCUGUGAGGCCUAUUUCGGCAAUGGCUUCACCCACCGUGUAGAUCUUUUCAAGCCUAAACCCGCCGGAAAACUCGCCGGAUGGUUCCGGUGCUGGUAUAGUGAAACUCUCCAGAGCUCCAUAUGUGAGGGGGGGAGAGUGCGAAUGUGGCCGGAGAGGAUUUACAUGUCCCGAGGAGGCGAGCGGAUUGAAGAGGUGAUCGGAAGAAAGGAAGAGAUGGAGUUGCCGGAAUUUCGUAGCGGUGCUUUUGAGCUUGAUGGCGGCGAGGAGAGGGUUCUUGCCGAUGAGAAGUUUCUUGAUCGGUUCGUGCCGGAAGGGGAAGUUCAGAGGCACACUAUGCGCGCAUUGUUUGGAUCGUUUCGAGUUGUUUCUGGGAGUGAUUUUGAAUGCAAAGAGUGGAUCGAGGAGCCUGUGCUUCUGGUGACGAGGUUUGAGUAUGCAAAUCUUUUUCACACUAUUACAGAUUGGUAUAGUGCUUAUGUGGCUUCGAGAGUCGUCGGGUUGCCUAAUCGACCUCAUCUGAUUUUCGUCGACGGGCAUUGUAAGACAACUUUGGAAGAGACAUGGAAGGCAUUGUUUUCAAGUCUAAGAUAUGCAAAAAAUUUCAGCGGACCGGUUUGUUUUCGCCACGCGAUCUUCUCGCCUCUUGGAUACGAAACUGUGCUAUUCAAGGGUCUGACUGAGGGUAUCAAUUGUCAUGGAGGGUCAUCUCAUGAUCUUUGGCUAAAACCUGAUGACCAGAAAACUGCUAGAUUAUCGGAGUUUGGAGAAAUGGUUAGAGCAGCUUUUGGUUUCCCAGUUGACAGACAAGUCGAAAGGCCAACUUCAAUUCACAACAUUCUCUUUGUGCGUCGUGAGGAUUAUUUAGCGCAUCCUCGACAUGGCGGUAGGGUUGAAUCCAGACUUACCAAUGAACAAGAAGUCUUUGAUGCUUUGCAGAACUGGGCAUCUAAUCACAGAGAGUGUAAAGUGAACUUAGUGAAUGGGUUGUUUGCGCACAUGCCGAUGAAGGAACAACUCCGAGCCAUCCAAGACGCCUCCGUCAUUAUCGGGGCUCAUGGUGCAGGCCUUACUCACAUAAUAUCUGCCUUACCAAAAACCUUGAUCUUGGAAAUCAUCAGCAGUCUAUUUAGAAGGCCUCAUUUUGCAUUGAUAGCUCAAUGGAAAGGCUUGGAAUACCAUGCCAUCAAUCUCUCGGGAUCACAUGCCGAUCCAGAAGUCGUUAUCGAACACCUUUCACGCAUCAUGACGAGCCUUGGAUGCUAAUAACCUUUUUGCGAUUUAUCACAUUAAUCUCUCUUAACUACGAGGAAACGAAAAGCAGUGGGGGAGAAACCAGCACUCUGUAUCUACAAACACAAUUGGCUGGAUGCUUCCACUUUGACAAGUUUGAGUUUGAAGAUACUGAUUCACCAAGUCUACCUAACUUACAAUAGUUUUGGCUUCAAGUAAGAGCUUACCGACCAAGCUCGACGACAACAAGAAUUCAAGAUAUUUAAGCUUCAAGAAUGGUAUGUAUUCUAGUUCUUGAAUUCCCUUUUUGAAGUUCUAUCCGUAGAAGAGAUCAAUUAGAACCAUUCUUUCCCUUCUCUCUAGAUUUCAUUGCUUGUCUCAUGCGCUGUAUCGUUAAUGUUCAUAUCAAGUUUCCAUCUCAGGUUUGUAUACUUAGCACUUAAAUAUUGUCUAAAUAUAUCAUUUGGUCCAGAGAUUAGACAUCAUUUCUCUGUAUAAGAAAUAGUUUAUAAUGUUGUUUUAA